AUGGUCAAACAAAACUACUCAAACCAUCCGCACAUCUACACCGUCGGCUCGAAACUUGGCGAGGGGGUGGGCGCGGGUGUGAGCGGAAUCGGAACAGGCCUCGGCCGUGGUCUACCCUCUGUGUAUUCCGUGUUCUCCGCGGAAGCCGCCGCCAUCGCCAUUGCGGUUACCAACAAACCCGAAGACACACCGACAGUGAUCUUCUCCGAUUCCCUCUCAGUCAUCAAAACGCUGGAAUCAGGGGAGUCCAGGCACCCCUACGUCCAAGCCAUAGAACAAUCCUGUGACCCAUUAACUACCAUAUGCUGGGUACCCGGACACAGCGGAAUCCGCGGUAACGAGAAUGCUGACCAUUUGGCCGCGCUCGGUCGACACUCUCGCUCCCUAUUCUCUAAUGAGGUAUCGUCAUCCAACAUCAUCAGGGAAUUCAAGGCGAAGGUCUCUGAGCACUUCAUCACUCACUGGAGGACUCUCCGAGGAUACCCUCAGAAGGUAAAGGAAGACCUCGAAAAGUGGACAGACCGCGAAAACCGAGUUGAACAAAGAGCGCUCUCCCGCCUUCGCGUGGGACAUACGAGGCUCACCCAUGCCCACACUAUUACCCGCGUCGACCCUCCAAUAUGUACAUCUUGCAGCACUAGACUCACGGUGGAGCUCCUACUAAUAAACUGCAGGGAGUUCGACAACCUACGGCGACAUCACAACUUGCCCUCCUCGAUUCGAGAAACACUGGCAAACGACCCAGUGCACGAAGAGGCACUACUUGCCUUCCUGAAAGAUGCCAAUCUUCUCGAAUCUAUAUAA